AUCAGGAGCAAUUUGAAUGGAGGAAGGCAUGUCAUUCCAACCUCAGUUUAUUGGUGUGUGUUUGAGCUCUGGGAAGAUGCUUGGUUCACCUAAUGGGAGGACCGGCUCCACCUGCUGCUCCCGUGAGGCAAUAUACAUCACAUUUCUGUCAGGUCGUAUGUGGUACAGAGAGGUGUGAGACCGGGUACAGGAAAAGGGUGGAGAGACGGAAGAAAGAGGGUGAGACAGGUGAGAGCAGAGGGAGUCGACAGGUGUAAAAACAACAGAGAGACAGGCAGCAGAGAGAAGCGAGGGAGGAGAUUCAGGAGAGUGGAAGCCACAGAGAAACAGGGAGGGAGAGAGGCGGCGGAGCGACAGACAGAGAGAAAGACGGGGAGGAGAGACGGCAGUGGAUUGGUCACAGCUCCGAGAGCACCGGAGGAACGAGCCGCUCGAUGAUGAGGACGCAGUUUCGGGAGCGCUGUGUGUUGUUGUUGUUGCUGCUGCUGUCGUCGUCGUCGUCCUGCUGCGGAGCGCGCGCGUGUUGACCAGCAGGGGAAAGCCCCCGAGCAUGGACCGCUGCUUGUGCUGAGCCCCUCGCCUCGACAGCGCCUGCACUCCCAGCGCCAUGGGCUCCAGGCUCAGCAGGCAGAGCAGUCUAGACAAUGAGAAUUUCUCCAAGAAGCGACGCAAGCUCCAGCCGGAGGAGGGCGAGAGGAGCAGCCGGACUGGCGGAGACUUCCUCUUCGCGAUGAUGCUCAAGUCGGACAAGCUGCCGGGGAUGCUGAGGAGAAGCAACCACAGCCCGUACGUCCGCAGGGUGGCGUGGAUCAAGGAGAUCCAGAAGCUGCUGCGGGAGCGCAGGAUCGAGCAGGCGACCGACGUGCUCAAGCUGCUGAGGAAGGACCUGGGUCUGGAGGGAAGCUCCCUCAACGACAUCUUGUACAAGAACGCUGCCUUCCUCAACCUGGUGGACCCAAUCUCCCACGAGCUGCUGCUGAGUCUGGCCAGAGAGAUGCAGUGUCCUAAAAAGGACGCCGACACCAUCAAGUCUUCGGACAAGAUUUGCCGGCAGCUGAUCUACCACCUGACCCCUCACUCCAAGUGGCUGAGGCAGAGCAUGUCCAGACGGAAAUCCCAGGCCUGUCUGAAGACCACGCUCCAGAAGAAGAUCUCCAGUGACUCAGUCGACCUGUCCGGCAUCCCUCUGUCCACCCGUGACGUGCGACAGGUGGCCUUCUACCUUCAGAACAACAAAGACAGCGUGGUCGCGGUGGACGUCAGCUUCACCGAGCUCCAGGACGACAACCUGAGGAUCCUUCUCCCCCUGCUGGCCUCCCUGCCCAAGCUCAGCACGCUGGCUCUCAACGGCAACCGCCUGACCCUGUCUAUCCUCAAGGACCUGACGGAGAUGCUGAAGGACCCUAAGAAGUUCUCCAGCCUGGCCUGGAUAGACCUGGGCAACAACGUGGACAUCUUCACCAUGCCGCAGCCGCUGCUGGUGGCCCUGCGCCGGCGCUGCAGCCUGAAGAGCAGCCUGCCCACCAUCUACGAGUACACAGAGGGGCAGCCCUACUGCUACCACCUGGAGACCUCCAUCGAGGAGCCAAGCCACUACGAAGAGGACGAGGAGGAGGGAGAUGUGGAGCUGGAGGACCUGGGGAACAAGUACGACCUGGAGCCGUGGGGUUUGGAGGAGAAACACGUCUCCAAAGACUUCACCCUCCACUACUGCGAGAGGUGAUGAGGCCUUCAAGGCUCCUCUGGAUGUGGUCGAAAUGUCCUCCCACAAUGUCCUCCCCUCCUCACGCCCCGAGCCCAAACAAGGUGACAACCCCAACCGAGCCAAAGUGACAAAGGUGGACUUACUGUGGCGGAGUUUCAUUGGAAGAUGGCUGGUGGAGUGAAGGUCCGCUCCUCUCUCGCUCUCUUGCUUCCUGUGUCUACGUCCUUCUCUCUAUCUUGGUGGCAGCGGCUGAGGUUCCAGACCCAGUGUUUAGAAGGGGAUGGGCAUCCCCGUGGUGGAGGGAGAGGAGUCCGUUCGUGUCCCGCGGGCUUCUCUACCGGGACUGAGAGUAUCUCCAGCAGGCAGGGCCGAGCUCCACAUCGUGUGUUCUCUGUUAAUCUCUCAACAAAAGCUAUGAGUUCAACGGACUAUACAGCCGGCCAAAACUGCUAGGUCAAGACUUUUUGCCCUCCCACCCUCCCCCCCAUCCCGAAUGUGUACUUGUACAUGCCCUUGUGUAGGCGUUAUGACGACACACAGAACCACGGCUCUGCUGUAAUGGCACCUCUGGUCGACACGGCUGGUCGUGUGUCGGCACCUGUAGCCCAAACCGCCCGUCCCACUCGUGUGUGUGUGUGUGCGGUCACCUGCUUCAGUGUGGUAGACACAUGACUGUUACGUGGAUUCUCGUCUCCCCGGCUGUGAGGUCAUGUUCUCUCCUGUAGCACAUUGUGAUUCGACGGACCAAAGCAGUGAUGCACUUUACGGCUUCUCCUUUAAUUCAAGAGGGUUUUCUGUUCGGUGUUUAAACACGGUUGACUCCUCUGAGACCAGGUGGCUCAUGAUUGUUAGAAGGACCGACCUGUACCCGCAUCACUGGAUAUCAAGUCAAUGUUCUGUCUCUUACGUGUUCGUAACAGAUGCUUCCUGUUUAUUGCUGUGAAAUGUUUCAUGUGUUUGUUUGGAUGUUUCGUCCGAUUCUCGAUGUCAUGAGGAUGGGGGGGUCGAGGUUUCAGUGAUGACGGACUUGGUUGAUUUAAAGGCUCCAUUUUCUUGUGUCCUCGUCCAAAUCUUGUUGCUUGUCUGUACUGUCUCUUUUUCAAACAAUAACGGAAAUAAAAGCAUAGAU